AUGUCGGGGGCUCCACCACCAUACAGCUUACGCUCUCCUCCUCCGCCCGCUCAGCAACCCAACUACGCCUCCUACUCUUCAUCCCCCCCGAAAAGCCGCUCGUAUUAUCCCAACUCCGAUCAAUACCAGCAACACCCUCCUCCCGAGACGCCCCAGCCCUAUGCUUCGUCCUUUUCCCGCAGCCCGCACUUCGUCCAUGCCAGCUCUCCGCUGUCCAACACGCUGCCUCCCUUGAACGGCGCUCCCCAUUCGGACGCUUCGCCUCCCUAUCCAGGUCACGGCGCUGCCACUUAUUCUUUGCCCCGGAUACAUCCUGGCCACGGCAUGUCGGAUACUCACUCUGCCCCUCCGUAUGGGCAGUCACAUUCUCACCGUCAUGACAGUCAUCUGUUAUCCCCAAAGAAGGAGCCGGGCACUUCCUUCAUCUCUGCUCGUGAAAAUGGAUUCGCCGCUCACUCACCGGUGAUCCGUCCACCUUCGCCGAAGGAAUCUAAACCUGCACGUGCGGCCGACCCAAUGUCUUUCGCAAGCAUUCUCUCCGAGCCUGCCGACGAAAUGCCCCCUCGACGCGUUUCACCAGCUGCUCCUGUCCCUGCCCAGCCUAUAUCCGUCUCAAAGAAACCAGAGCUGACUCCAGUAAUGCCUCUUCCCAGGCUGGAAAAGAAACCCAGUCUGGAAAAGCGACAGCACAUCGUUGAUCGUGACGAUGCAGCAUCUUUCCGUUCUCGAGAAAACGGUACUAUAAAAGAAGCGCCAAGGCCCAUCGUUCAGGCGCGUCCUCCUCCUGUCAAAGUGCCACGUUUGACACAGAAGGACCAUGAAGCUAUCGAGCGUAACAUUGCAGAGAUUGACAGAGCCGAAAAGAGUGAUCUGGAAGAUGAUUUUGGCUUCGAGGCCGAGUUUCAGCUUUUCCUCGCCAGAAGCAAGAAGCGAGCAAUGGACGCUGACAUCCUAGAGUCUCACAAGUGCAAGCGCCGUCGCAAUGACUUUCUCAUGAAACUGAGCGCAAAUUUUGCGACCGGCGCCGAAGCUGGUUCUGAGCGUUUCCGGAAAGCGAACGAGCAUGAGGUUAUCGCUGAGGUCCAGCGGAAGGAAAUCCAAGACGAAAAAGAGCGUAAGAAGGAUAUGCAGCGAAAGCGUCGUCGCGAGAACACUGUGCGACUCGAGACAGCCAAGAAACUCGAGGCAGAACGCAGGGCUAAGCGUACAUUCGAUCCUGUGGAGAAGGAGAAACUUCUACGUGAAGCUGAAAAGGCCCAAAAGAAAAUCAAAGGCGUCAAACGCGCUCUUGAGAAGGGAAACCAACCUGCGGAGAUCAGUGAAGUCACGCCUCUUGCUCCUAACAUGGAAGGCGGCAUUACAAGCUCAUUCCACAUCAGCAAAGGAGGAUCCCCAUCCACAAAGAAGAGACCCGCUCGUUCUGCUCCUUCGUCCCGCCCUAAGAAAUCGAAAGAGAAGAAGCAAGCUGAAAAAGAUGCUGCUGAGAUGGCUUAUGCGGCUGCUGAGAGGGAGGAGCUCAUAGCAAUUGCACCCAAAGAUGAAUUUCGCCCAUCUGCUCUCAGGAAAGAGGCUAAGGGACUGCGUUCGAAAGAGACCACGCCAACUCCUGCGAAUGCCUACGAAACCAAAGGCUUCAACCAAAUCUAUGAGCAAAUCUGGCGCGACAUUGCUAGGAAGGACAUUCCAAAGGUCUAUCGCAUCAAGACCAUGUCUCUCAGCACUCGCCAGGAGAAUCUGCGCAAGACAGCCCAGUUGGCUAGCAAACAAUCUCGCAAAUGGCAAGAACGUACCAACAAGAGUAUGAAGGAUACGCAAGCACGAGCCAAGCGUACCAUGCGUGAAAUGAUGUCUUUCUGGAAGAGAAACGAGCGUGAAGAGCGAGAUUUGCGCCGUAUGGCAGAGAAACAAGAGCUAGAAAUGGCCAAGCGAGCAGAAGCCGAUCGAGAGGCAAAUCGUCAGAAGCGCAAGCUCAACUUUCUUAUCUCCCAGACAGAGCUUUACUCUCACUUUAUCGGUCGUAAAAUCAAAACCGAUGAAGCACAAGGUGCAGCUACAGCUGAUGCCUCGGUUGAUUCUACCGGAGAGACCAUCCAGCCAGGCAAGCCAAAUGCUCACGUUGUUGAUUUGCCCAACAGCGUAGCGGACAUGAAAACUGGGGUCACCAAUUUCGAGGAUCUCGAUUUCGAUGCGGAGGACGAAACAGAACUUCGCAGGGCUGCCAUGGCCAACGCCCAAAACGCAGUGGAAGAGGCCCAGGCUCGUGCGCGUGCUUUCAACAAUGAAGAAGACCCAAUGGCAGCGCUCGAUGAAGGGGAGAUGAAUUUUCAGAACCCGACUAGCUUGGGUGACAUCCAGAUUUCACAGCCAAAUAUGCUCACUGCUCAGCUGAAGGAGUACCAACUGAAAGGUCUCAAUUGGCUAGUCAACCUCUACGAACAAGGUAUCAACGGAAUCUUGGCAGACGAGAUGGGUCUCGGAAAAACAGUCCAGUCAAUUUCUGUUAUGGCCUAUCUUGCUGAGGUACACAACAUUUGGGGUCCAUUCCUGGUCAUUGCUCCGGCAUCAACACUCCACAAUUGGCAGCAGGAAAUUACCAAGUUCGUUCCAGACAUCAAAGUGCUUCCGUACUGGGGUUCUGCGAAAGAUCGCAAGAUUUUGCGUAAAUUCUGGGACCGUAAGCAUCUUACGUACACCAGGGAGUCGGAGUUUCACGUGCUGGUGACGUCUUAUCAGUUAGUUGUCUUGGAUGCUCAGUACUUCCAAAAAGUCAAAUGGCAAUAUAUGAUUCUCGAUGAAGCCCAGGCUAUCAAGUCAUCACAGAGUUCACGAUGGAAGAAUCUUUUGGGAUUCUCUUGCCGUAACCGGCUCUUGCUCACGGGUACUCCUAUCCAGAACAACAUGCAAGAAUUGUGGGCUCUGCUGCAUUUCAUCAUGCCUACGCUAUUCGACUCGCAUGACGAGUUUAGUGAAUGGUUCUCCAAGGACAUCGAGAGUCAUGCUCAGAGUAACACGAAACUCAACGAGGAUCAACUCAGGCGUCUUCAUAUGAUCCUUAAGCCAUUUAUGCUCCGUCGUGUGAAGAAACACGUGCAGCAGGAGUUGGGUGACAAGGUUGAAAAGGAUGUCUUCUGUGACCUGACAUACCGGCAGCGAGCUUACUAUUCUAACUUGAGGAACCGUGUCAGCAUCAUGGAUCUAAUUGAGAAGGCCGCUGUUGGUGACGAGGCGGACAGCACUACCUUGAUGAAUCUCGUGAUGCAAUUCCGCAAGGUUUGCAACCAUCCAGAUUUGUUCGAGCGUGCCGACACUCGAUCUCCAUUGGCCAUAGCACAUUUUGCCGAAACUGCAUCCUUCUUAAGAGAAGGACACAGUGUGGAUGUACGCUAUUCGACUCGCAGUCUCAUUGACUAUGAACUUCCUCGCCUGCUUUGUAGUGACGAAGGGCGCAUUGAUGUUGCCGGUCCGCGCAACCAAAAAGCCGGUUUCCGAAACAAGUACCUCUCACAGCUCAUGAAUAUCUGGACGCCAGAAAACAUCAAGAGAAGUGUUGCCGAGGAUCAGGCCUUUUCGUUCUUGCGCUUUGCCGAUGUCUCUCCUGAUGAGGCGUAUGAAGCGUCGCAUCUUGGGCUCUUUGAACGUGCUGUCCGUCGACGCGGAGUGCCAAACCGUCUAUCGCGGCUCAGUGUUGCCUACGACAAAUCUGACGAGGAUGAUUUUAAUUCAAUCCUCCGGCAUUCGCUCUUCCAAGUUGUCAAUCGUAAUGAUCAGACUGCCGUCUACGACUCAACUACAGAGGGGUACAUGCGAGAACUCUUGACUGUUUCGCGUAGGACCUUUGACAGAGAGGGUUUGGCCACCAUCGAACCUGCAGCUAUUCCUGUCGCAGCUGCACCGCCAAUCACCAUAUCUUGUUCCGGGCAGGCAGCGAUCAAAGAGACUCAAGACAUACUGUAUAAUGUGCCCGCUCGGCGAGCACUCUUCGCAAUCCAGAGUCGACAAUUGGACGAGCAGAUUGUCGAAAAGAAACUGGACCCUACUCCUUAUUCGCAUUCUCCAAUGCUGCCUGAACCAAUCUCGUCCAAGGGCCGUUACACCAAGAUUGAAAUACCGUCCAUGAGGCGCUUCGUGACAGACUCUGGCAAGUUGGCUAAACUAGACGAGCUACUUCGCGAGCUCAAGAAUGGCGGCCACCGUGUCUUGUUGUACUUCCAAAUGACCCGCAUGAUUGACUUGAUGGAAGAAUACUUGACUUAUCGCAACUACAAGUACUGUCGACUUGAUGGAAGCACUAAGCUUGAAGACCGUCGUGACACUGUUGCAGACUUCCAGCAUCGUCCGGAAAUAUUUGUAUUUUUACUUUCGACACGUGCCGGUGGUCUCGGUAUCAAUCUUACGGCUGCAGAUACCGUCAUUUUCUACGAUUCCGAUUGGAAUCCCACCAUUGAUUCUCAAGCGAUGGACAGAGCUCAUCGUUUGGGUCAAACACGACAAGUCACAGUCUAUCGACUCAUCACUCGCGGCACAAUUGAGGAGCGAAUUCGCAAGCGUGCUUUGCAGAAGGAAGAAGUGCAACGAGUCGUCAUCUCUGGUGGUGCUGCUGGCGGUGUUGACUUCAACACUCGUCAUCGCGAGAACCGCACUAAAGACAUUGCUAUGUGGCUUGCGGACGACGAACAAGCCGAGUUGUUGGAACAAAAGGAGCGAGAAGCGCUAGAACGCGGCGAGGAUCUAGCCGUAAAGAAGGGAAAGAAGGCCCAACCUAAGAAGAAGAAGGAUCUCACAUUAGAUGAUAUGUACCACGAGGGCGAAGGACAUUUCGACGAUGUCAGUGCAAAGCCCUCUGGAGCUGCAACACCUGUUUCAGGUGAAGCUUCUGCUGCCGCUGCUGCUGCUGCUGCAGGCACGCCGACGUCCCCUUUGAACAAUAGGAAACGCAGUAAAUCAACAAAGGGGCCUUCCAAGCGCGCAAAGACGACCAAGGAACGUUUGCGACUUAUUGAUGGUGACCACGAUCCUAUAGAUGAGUGA